AUGGUGAACGCCACCCUCACCCCCGCCCCCGACUCCAGGACCCAGUUCAUUGAUGCCUUGAGAGACGCCCUGGCUGCCCCUCCAGAGCCCGUGUCCGAUGCUCGAAGAGCUGCAGCUGCUCUCGAGAAAUUGCAAUUCGACUAUCCGGAUGCGACAGACUCGGAGCUGGAAUGCUUUCUGAACGCUGUGCUGGGCCCGCACCCCCCCCCCAUCACCCAUCGCCUGUUGGAGGUGGUGGGCGAGGAGGCGGGGCGGAUGGAGCUGCUGGACAAGGAGGGGCCUGCCUCCCAGCAGCACAUGUACCGCCGGGUGCACAGUGCCUGCCUUCUGGUGGCCCUGCAGCAUUGCCUGCACGGCAGGCCCCUUCCACUGAGGUCCGGGGACCAGGGGGGUCCGCCCGACGCCGACCCCGGGCUGCUCCUCGAUCUGGCGGACCGGCUGGCGGCGGCUGCGUCGCAGAUGGGGCCCGGGGACUGGGAGCGGGUGGAGCUGGCGCAGGGGCUGCAGCAGACCCUGGUGCUGUGCACCUCCCCGGCGCGAGGCAUGGCGGCCGACCUGCUGCGGCGGCUGGAGGCGGCGGUGGUCCGCCUGCUGCGCCAGGCCUGCCAGGCGCGCCCCUGCCAGGCCUCCGCCUGCGUCGCAGCAAGCCUCCCCACCCUACUCCAAGUGCCCGGGCCCAGCGACGAGGAAGCUGCCAGUGAGGGGUCGCAGCAGCAAGCCAUAGCGGCAGGUGUCACAGUCGGACUUGGGGCGAUGAUGGCCCACCCCCUGGUGGCAGAGGCUGCGGUCACGCCCUCCCUCAAGAACCUGCUCAACUCGGUGGUGGCCGGUGGGCUGCUCCUCGGAGCCAUCGUGGGUGCCAUCACCCUGGUGUCCAACUUUGACCCCGUCCGACGACAGUGA